CACUCACUCUCUCUCUCUCUCCCCCACUCCCAUAAAUGCAAUGACACUUGCAUUCUAUGUGUGCAUGCGUGUUUGUCGGGUAGAGAGAGAGUCGAAAUAGAAAGUGAGGGAGCUGGGGGGGAGAGAGGGAGAGAUAGAAAAGGAGGGGGAGUGUGUGUGUGUUUAAGGUAGCUACUCGUAGAUAAGAAGGAAUAAGAUAAUUGAAGUUGCCGCCAUAUGCUAAGGAUUUUUUGUGAAUGCCUUGCUGAGGAGACACGCUCGUAUUUUUCCCACGGUGGAUCCUAAAAUGGGAAGCUCACAUUUGCUGAACAAAGGCUUGUCUUUAGGCAUCAGGCCUCCCAUAAUGAAUGGGCCCAUGCACCCCCGUCCUCUGGUGGCACUGCUGGAUGGGCGGGACUGCACAGUGGAGAUGCCCAUCUUGAAGGACGUGGCCACCGUGGCCUUCUGUGAUGCCCAGUCCACGCAGGAGAUUCAUGAGAAGGUAUUAAAUGAAGCAGUGGGUGCUCUCAUGUACCACACCAUCACCCUGAUGAGGGAAGACUUGGAAAAGUUCAAAGCACUUCGUAUAAUUGUCCGCAUUGGGAGCGGUUUUGAUAAUAUAGACAUAAAGUCUGCUGGCGACUUGGGUAUAGCCGUCUGUAACAUGCCAGCAGCUUCAGUGGAGGAGACCGCAGACUCCACCAUGUGCCACAUCCUCAACCUGUACCGACGCACCACCUGGUUACACCAGGCUCUCCGGGAGGGCACUCGCGUCCAGAGUGUGGAGCAAAUCCGUGAAGUCGCAUCUGGGGCAGCCCGAAUCAGAGGAGAGACACUGGGGAUCAUUGGUCUAGGGCGUGUUGGACAGGCGGUGGCUCUGAGAGCCAAAGCGUUCGGCUUUAACGUGAUCUUCUACGAUCCAUACCUGUCUGACGGGAUGGAGAGAGCCCUGGGGCUGCAGAGAGUCAACACCUUACAGGACCUGCUCUUCCACAGUGACUGCGUCACCCUGCACUGCAGUCUGAAUGAGCACAACCACCAUCUCAUCAAUGACUUCACCAUCAAACAGAUGCGUCAAGGCGCAUUUUUAGUGAACACUGCGCGUGGAGGUCUGGUGGAUGAGAAAGCUCUGGCCCAGGCUCUAAAAGAGGGAAGAAUACGGGGAGCAGCACUGGACGUCCAUGAGACAGAGCCCUUCAGUUUCAGCCAGGGUCCUCUUAAAGAUGCCCCCAACCUGAUCUGCACCCCCCACGCCGCCUGGUACAGCGAGCAGGCCUCCAUUGAGAUGAGGGAGGAGGCGGCACGGGAGAUCCGUCGAGCUAUUACCGGUCGCAUUCCAGACAGUCUGAAGAACUGUGUGAAUAAAGAGUUCCUCACACAGACCACACACUGGGCCGGCAUGGACCCUUCCGUCGUUCAUCCAGAACUCAAUGGAGCCUAUAGAUACCCCCCAGGUGUAGUAAGCCUUGCCUCAGGGGGUCUCCCUCCGCCCGUGGAGGGCAACAUGCCAAGUACCGUGCCCAUAACCCACAGCCUGCCCACUGUAGCCCACCCUCCACACGCCCCUUCGCCCGGUCAAACCGGCAAACCCGAACCCGAUAGAGAGCAGCAUCCCAAUGAACAGUUGUAGCCCUGCUCUUCAAAGUCUUUCCGUACCACUAUCGAACUCUCCUGGUCCUUCUUUACCCCAAAGAAGAGGAGUGGAAACAGGCUCCCAGGCUUAGAACCAGCCACUAAAAACACAACCGCGACUCUGAAGUAGCCAACUCUUUGACUGAAGGUGGUGGACUGUGCUGUUUGAAGUAUCUAGCAUGGGGGAAAAAAAAGAAAAGAACAUCUUGUGGAUUUAAAACAAAGUAAACUUCUCCCCAAGUCAAAAUCCUGCUGUUUUAGAUUGUAGUCUGUCCAAGUGCAGUGGGCGAUCUUUUAUCUGUUAUUUUGUUUGUCUAAUGGGUUUCAUUGUUAAAACAACAGUAGCUAUUACAUGAAUGUAACCUGUUUGUGUACAGUUUUUAGAACAUGAUCAGUGGUUUUUAGAAAAGAAAAAACUGAAACAGCAUUAAAGGGAUAGUUCACCCAAAAAUAAAUAUUCUGCCAUUAUACAGUAUGCAUACCCUUGUGUUGUUCCAAACCUGUUUGACUUACUUUCUUCCAUGCAACACAAAAGGAAAUCCUAUGGGAAAGAACAGCAUCAACAUUUUUCAAAAUGUUUCAUGUUCCAUGGGGAAAAACUGUAAUACGGGGUUGGACGACAUCAGGAUGAUUUAUGGAUUAUUUUUGGGUGAACUAACCCUUUAAGGGAGGUGUCGUACCACCUAAUAAUAUAUACAACAAAAAGUAUAUUAGUUUCACUUGUUUGAUUUUAAAAGCCUCGAAAGAGGCUGGAUUUGCACACCCUCUCAGGAAAAUUUAUUUCCCCCCCUCCCUUCCUUUUAAAUUAAGCCACUUAGUGCAUUGUUUUUUGUACCCAUUCAUCUUUUUGUAGUCAAAACUCAGUACAGUAUGUUUGUUUUUUUGUUUUUUGGGAGCAUGUAUUACCUUAUGUGUUAAAGGUUAAAAAGAAAAUGGCAAAAUGUUCAGUUUUUGGACAAAAAGUAAAAAAAAAAAAAAAAUUGUCUUGUGCAAAGCUGGCGUAAUGCUUGCCUGUUUGUGUGUGUGACUUGAUUGUACCGUGUUUUUUUCAAGGAUGCCGGGAUAGUUGCAGCUCUCCAUCGCCUACAUAGUUUCCUUCCUGGUAAAGUGGUAGGCUAGCAAUAUACAUACUAUAUAUACUAUGAGAUAUUAAUAUUUUUUGUUAAACAGAAUCCAAAAAGAAAUGUUUGUGACUGUAUGCAUUUGUAUGAAUUAUUUUAAAUGAAAUAAAAGUCCAAGUUAAAUGAAAA